AUGGAUUAUGAAAGUAAUGGUUGGAUUUGGGAAGGGGUGUACUACUAUCCACAUUUGUUUGGUGGUCUAAUGGUUACGGCGGCUUUGUUGGGUUUGUCAACGAGCUACUUUGGUGUGAUUGGGGUUCCUUCCUUGCCGCUUCCGCAUUCUUGGUACAAUUUGGGGGUUUUUCGCAAGAAGAAGAACGUUGGGAAGAGGCGCGUUCGGGUUUACAUGGAUGGGUGUUUUGAUCUGAUGCAUUAUGGUCAUGCUAAUGCACUCAGACAAGCAAAAGCUUUAGGAGAUGAGUUGGUUGUCGGGCUUGUUAGUGAUGAGGAGAUCGUCGCCAAUAAAGGACCCCCCGUUUUAUCCAUGGAUGAGAGGCUGGCCCUUGUCAGUGGAUUAAAGUGGGUGGAUGAGGUCAUAACUGAUGCUCCUUAUGCAAUUACUGAGAAUUUCUUGAACCGUCUCUUUCAUGAAUACAACAUUGACUAUGUCAUACAUGGCGACGAUCCUUGCCUGCUUCCUGACGGAACAGAUGCUUAUGCUGCGGCAAAGAAAGCUGGUCGUUACAAACAAAUUAAGCGUACUGAAGGAGUCUCUAGUACGGAUAUCGUAGGAAGAAUAAUGUCUUCUUUAAAAGAGCAAAACAAUCCUGAAGAUGUAAAACCCCAAGACGAAUGCCAGUCAAAGGUUUCCCACAUAUCCCAAUUCCUACCAACUUCCCGACGUAUUGUGCAGUUUUCAAAUGGCAAGGGUCCAAGGCCAAAUGCUCGUAUUGUAUACAUUGAUGGAGCAUUUGAUCUCUUCCACGCAGGUCAUGUUGAGAUGCUUAAGAGAGCUAGGGAACUUGGAGAUUUUCUUUUAGUUGGUAUUCACUCUGAUGAGACAGUGAGUGAAAAUCGAGGAAAUCACUAUCCAAUUAUGCAUCUACAUGAGCGAAGCCUUAGUGUGUUAGCUUGCCGUUAUGUUGAUGAAGUCAUUAUUGGGGCACCUUGGGAAAUUACAAAGGACAUGAUCACAACUUUCAAUAUCUCACUAGUUGUUCACGGCACUGUUGCUGAGAAGUCAUUACCUAGUGAAAAAGAUCCUUAUGAAGUUCCUAAGAGCAUUGGCAAAUUCCGCUUGCUUGAAAGCCCAAAAGAUAUUACUACUACCUCAGUAGCUCAAAGGAUAAUGGCCAAUCAUGACGCCUAUGUGCAACGGAAUGCGAAGAAAGUCAAGAGUGAGAAGAGAUACUAUGAAGAGAGAAGAUACGUUUCUGGUGACUAG